AUGGAUGUUCAGUAUACCCAAGCAGAACGGCCUUUGCUUUGUCUCCCGAAAUAUAUGGAUUUCUUUGGGAUCCUCAGCGCCUCGUUCCUUGCGGGGCCGGGCUCCUCGUCCUCAACUGCUGCGGUGGAAGUCCUCGACCCAGCAGCUGAGAACAGUACCUCCCCGAAGCAGGAUGAGGAGGCUUCUCCGCUGAAACAGGAAGCGCCGGAGAAACAAGAUCUUUCUCUCCCUGGUUUUGUCGAAGGUCCGGACAACAACAAUACUUCGCCCUCAGCUUCUUCAGCUGAAAAGACUGUGUCUUUACCCAUUGAAAAGGGGGACCAACCAGCCACUGCCACUUUUCUGAAAAUGUGGUUAAGGUGGCUGGCUCUUAACACCUACAAGGGAGGCAGCAAAAUCCCGAAUUCUGCAUCAAUAAGUUUCCGCCCAUUCAAGAUAUGGGUGAGGGAGCAUGAUUACCCAACAAUAUCUUACUCCGACGUCAUGCACAAUGAUAGAGGAGUCAAGAAAUGGCUACAACUUAUCUAUGAUUGGGGCUUCUGUUUUGUAAAAGAUACCCCGGUUAAUCCUGAAGCUACCGAGGCCCUGUUGAAGCGGAUAGCCCACAUUAGGCAUACCCAUUAUGGUAAAUUCGAAUGCUCUGAUGAUCGGCACACCUUGAAAUUAACAGUGUUAGGCGGCUUUUGGGAUUUCACAGCCGACUUAUCCUUCGGGGAUACUGCAUAUACCAAUGAGGCUCUCGGUGCACACACAGACAAUACAUACUUCACUGACCCAGCACGACUCCAACUAUUCCAUCUGCUGUCCCAUACAGACGGCGAUGGAGGGGCUACCUUGCUUGUUGAUGGCUUCCGCGCAGCAAAGAGGUUAUAUUACGAGGACAGGGAACACGGUCGAAUCCUAAAAAAUACACAACACCCGUUCCACGCGAGUGGGAAUAAAGACUCCGUCAUCCAACCCGUUGAACAACACCCCGUUUUCAAAGUCCAACCGCAGUUCGCCGGGCGUCUCUACCAGGUCCGCUGGAACAAUUACGAUCGAGCGGCAAAGUGGAAUUGGUCACAUCAGGAUCAAGAGGCCUGGUACAGGGCCGCGAAUCACUUUAACGAAAUUAUUCAUCAAAGGGACAUGGAAAUACGGCUUCAGCUUGAACCGGGUACAGCGCUCAUCUUUGACAACUGGAGGAUGCUGCAUGGUCGGUCUGCCUUCACUGGGAAACGAAGAAUGUGCGGCGGCUAUACGGUUAUUCUGGGCUUGAAGCAUGGUCUAAUCAGGUAUUUGUGCAGUCUCGAAUGA